AUGGCUGAAGAACAACUUCUAUCGCCAGACCCUCAAGGAAAAGGUGUUGCCAUUGAAGAAGGUGGUGCUGGGGAUGACAAUCUCACUCUUUCUGGUUUGCAAAAGGAGAUUUCAGUUCUAAGCCAGAAGAAUACUGAGUUAGAUAUUCAGGUUACGGAACUUCGUGCUGAGAAUGUCAAUCUCAGGAUUCAGAUUUCCGACUUGCAAGAUCAUUUCAAUCUGCUAACUUCAUGCUACUUUGAACUGAAGAAGAAACUUGAAGUAGACCUUGGAGACAAAUAUCAAACGUAUGUUGAAGAACAAAGGAUCAAUCUUCACGUGCAAGCUUUCCUAGUUGACCUACCAGUCGGUCAGUCUUCUGGUACUGUUAAUCGUAGGGUUGAUGAAUCUCCUUUGGCUCCACAUAUUACAGAAAUCAUUCAUCGUGGUCAAGAAGAAUAA